UUUUGCAUACAAUUAUGGGAUAUAGUUUUAUGAUGGUAAUACUUUUCCCAGUAAUGCCAACUGCAGACGCCAAGUUGUCAAAAAAGGCAAAAUGGCCGAAAGAAAGGAAUAAAGACUCCUUCGGUUUAUAAAGUUAUUUUAACUAUAUUUUCAUUUAUAUUGUGCGAUAGAGUUAAAUAAAGUAGCGUCCAAAAUGAGGGAAAUAAAUAUCAAUAUAGAAGGAUACAAUGUGAACGGCAUAUGUGUCGGUUGUUUGAACUAUAAUCGUAAAAUGUUUUAUUGUAAUCAAAUAAAAGAGUGCUUCAAAUUACUUGGAGAUAUCGAUGUGCCCGAUGGUCUCCAAGUCCAAGUUUGCUGGGAGUGCCUCGCUGCUGUCCAAGCUUCGCUCCGGUUCAGAAACCUCAUCGUGGACUCAUACAAUGUCCUCAUUGAUUACUCUCGGAAGCACACAUUCCUCAACGCUCCAUCGGACUUGUCUGCCCACGCCCGACAGAGGCUCAACGCCACCGAGCCGGAGGUCUCCGAGCUGCAGGACCUGGUGCUAGAGGUGGACGUCAGCGUGGUUAAAGAGGAGACUAAGGAGGAGCUAGUCGAGGAAUCGGAACCGGUGAAAUCCGAGACAGAUUACUUCGACACCGACUUCCCUGACGCUGCUGGCCCAGAAUCCUCAGAGGAUGAUGUGCAACUGUCCAAGCUGAAGAGGAAAAAGGACAGAAAGACAAAGAAGGUGAAGAAGAAGAGAGAGGAACGACAGAGGGCGCUGAAAGUGAAGGUUAAGACUGAUGAAAUAAAAACGGAGAAAGACCAGCAGCGCAGCCUCCGUAAGCUGAAGAAUCUGCCGACAGAUCUGGUGGAGUUGUAUACCAUGACCGAGGAAGAAAUGUGGGAGGUGAGGGCUGAAGACGUGAGCAGCGCAGAGUUCUGCGCCCUCAAAUACAAGUGUUCUGACUGCGUCAUCGGGUUCAACUCGGAGAAACUCAUGCAGGACCAUAUGCAGGGGAAACAUGUGCCGAAAAGCCCGUCCUGCCACCAGUGUGACGUGUGUCGCGCGUACUUCCUGACGCGUGACAACGUUUCCUCCCACCGCGCGCUUCACCUCGCCGCGUACCGCUGCUCCGCGUGCGGCGCGCGCUCCGCGCUCAAGCGGCGCAUGGCGGCGCAUGCGCGCACGCACCGCGAGCAGGCCGUCACGUGCCACACGUGCGGGGAACAGUUCAGUACAAAAUCGAAGUUAUCCUACCACCGAGGUGUGUGCAACCAGGCGAGACCACAGUGCGACUGCUGUGGUAAAGUCUUCGCUAACAAGAUGACCCUCAAGUACCAUCUCAAGAUCCUGCCUCAGAACAAAGAAGAUAAACCUAAAGAGAAGCUGUACAUAACGUGCAAGGGCUGUGAUAAGGUCUUCCACUCCAAGAAGAGUUACCGAGCGCAUGUCGUGAUACACGACGGGCUGACGUACCCGUGUCCCAUCUGCGGGAAACUGUUCCAGUGGAAACGGAACCUGGCGCGACACACAAGGAACCACAGAGACCGCGACGCGGGCGCCACGCACGAGUGCCGGGACUGCGGCAAAACGUUCAGCUCGCGCGACUGCUACAACAACCACAUGAAACUGAGCAAGCGGCACGUCCAAGAGGACGCUUAUGUUCACGUACAUUCAUUUUACAGACACGAAUGCUCGUAUUGCGGCAAGAAAUUCGCAACGAAAUGGUGCAUGGUGGAUCACAUAGACUGGGACCACCUCAAGCGGAUCAAGUACCAGUGCAGCGUCUGCUUCAAAGCCUUCAAAACGGCAAAGAUAAUGGUGGCGCACAUGAAUAAUAUUCACGAGGGCAAGAAAAACCGCGAGCCGGAGGGCGAGCACCUGUGCGAGAUCUGUGGCAAGUCUUACAAGACGGUGAAGCGACUGAAAGGCCACGUGUGGGCGAUGCACACGAACCGCUCAACAACUAAAAGCUUCAAAUGCAAGCUCUGCCCCGCCACGUUCACCUGGCAGACCUCCAUCUACAAGCACGUCAAGAUGAUGCACGACAAGCGGCCCAAGCAAAUCCGUCCCCUGCCGGCCAAGAAGCCGGAGUUUCCCGGCGCCGAGCUGAUCGCCCGCGAGUACUUCCAGCCCGCCGGCCUCGCGCACGUACCCCUACACAACAUCGUCCAAAACAUCGUAUAACAUGAGCUGUAGACUUCGGCCUACCAC